AUGCCCAACGCUUUCAACCAACGAAACCAAUACCCUAUGCAACAACCCAACAUUUCGUUCAACCCAAUGCAAAUGCAACAACCCAACAUUCCGUUCAACCAAAUGCCAUAUCAAAUGCAGCAACUAAUGCAAAACCCGCUAAAUAUGCCAUAUCAACCACUGCCACAAGCACGUCCAACACAAAUCGAGGAAGAAGAUGAGGACGUAGAGGUUGUGCCAGAAACGCAACCUGAACCUUCCAAAAAGAAAAAUACAAAGGGAAAGGGUAAAAAAGAAGACGCAGCCGCCAAACAACAACAACGGCCAUGGUCAAAAAUUGAGGAAGAGGCGUUGGCGAAGGCAUAUAUUAGCUCUUCAACGUCUCCUAUAAUCGGUAACAAUCAACAAAGCGAUGGGUUUUGGCAAGAAGCACUUGAUAUAUUCCACGCGAUUAUGGAACAAGGCGAGUACAGAACCGUUGAUUCUAUCAGCCCCAAGUGGCGCAAGAUGAAUACGUUGAUCCAACGCUUUUGUGGGUUUUAUAACACAACGCUCGCCAACAAACCGAGUGGGUGGAACAACGAAAAUGAUCAACCAAAAUGGAAGGGAACUCCAAAUGAGGUUGCAAGCGCGAAACGAGCAACGAAAUGGUCUAAAAGUUCCGAGUCAGGAAGUUAUAGCGUUGGAGACUCAACCGGUCGUUGCCAAAUAAAUAUCAACGACGAGCCCGAGUAUGAGGAGGAGCCGAUUGGAGAGGAAGAACGUCCCCCAGGAAGGGACAAAAGUAAAAAGAUAGCGGCUGAAAAAAGGAAACAAGCCGCAUCAGGAAGUGGUGGUGGUUCGAAGUUGGAAGGUAUUAUGGCCGAGUUGAAAGCAUUCAACCAAACCUUUACCGAGACGCAAACCGAGAAGAUAAAGGUGAAAAAACAACAAGCCGAGGAGAAGCAAAGGAGGCAAGAAGAAGUGCAGCAGUUGGAAGAAUGGAAAAUAAUGACCACCGACCUUAGCGAAUAUCCACCGGAAGACCGUCCCAUUUUACAAAUGAUGAAGGAAAAAAUUAGGAAAAAAUGGAGUGGGGGAGUGUAG